AUGGCAAAUUCAGGUAUACAGCUUCUUGGGUUCACGUUGGCCUUCCUGGGCUUCAUUGGUUCGAUAGCAUCCACAGUAAUGGUGGAAUGGAAAGCCUCGUCUUAUGCAGGAGACAACAUCAUCACAGCUCAGUCGAUGUUUGAAGGGCUUUGGAAGACCUGUGCAUCACAGAGCACCGGUCAAGUUCAGUGUAAAGUGUACGAUUCACUUCUACAACUACCAGGGAUUGUACAGGGAACACGAGGACUGAUGCUUAGCUCCAUCAUGCUGAGCUUUAUUUCUAUCUUGGUGGAACUGGUGGGCAUGAGGUGCACCACCUGUAUGGCAGAUCAACCGGAGCAGAAGGACAAAGUGGCUCUAGUUGGAGGAGUUAUCUUCAUUAUCGCUGGUCUGCUUGCUCUAGUGGGAACGUCUUGGUAUGGCCAUAGAAUAGCCGCAGAGUUCUACGACCCAUUCACUCCGACUAAUUCCAGAUAUGAAUUCGGGAGUGCCCUGUUUGUUGGAUGGGGAGCUGCCUGUCUCAUCAUCAUAGGAGGGAGCUUCCUGUGCUGCAACUGCUCCAGCAAGGGCUCAGGGAAAUCUCCCCGCUACCCAGCAUCCAGCUCUGCAGGCCAGCCGGGCAGGGACUACGUCUAGGACAAUCACUCCAUCCAGCCUCCACGGAAGAACACGGCUUUGCAGGGAAUUUUCUUAUUUCAUUCAGAUUUCUAUUUCUGUGUCUUAAUGUUUUGCAAUGUGUAUAUUUGCAGGUGUUAUUUUUUGGUGUAUGUUUAUAUUUGUUGGGAUAUACACCAAAUACUUGGCAUCCCUAAAGUACUGAAGGGAACUCACACAAAUUAACAAUAGCAAUUAAUAUUUAAGAACAGCUUUAACCCAUUCAAUAGAAAUCUGCUUAGUGUGUGACAGUUGUAUUUU